AUGAAUCUAUUCGAAUAUCCGUUGGAGAACCAUCUGAUCAUGAAAAGUGUCAAGAAAAAUCGUGUCUUACGUUUGAUAGACACCCCUGGUGUUGGUGAUGUACGAGGUGUUGACCAAGAUACUACAAAUUGCGACCAUAUUCUCAGCUAUUUGAGUCAGUAUGAACAUUUGAACGGUAUUUGCAUGUUAUUUAGACCAAAUGAAGAGCGAUUAACUGUUGGCUUUCGUUUUUGUUUCAAACAAUUGUUGACACAUCUGAAUAUAAACGCAGCGGAAAACCUUAUGUUUGUAUUCACAUCCGGAAAAACAACAUUUUAUCGGCUUGGUAGCACAACGCCUUUAAUUAAAGAACUUCUCAGAGAAAUCAAAGAAUUAUGGAGUACUGAUAUACCUUUCAAUGUGCACAACUCAUUUACCUUCGAUAAUGAAGCAUUUCGACUUUUAGCGGCGCAUAAGAAUAACGUUUCCGUACCAGUCCAUGAUAGGACAAGUUACGAUAAAAGCUGGGAGAAAUCUGUGGAAGAAACUGUUCGACUGCUAAAAAAAAUCAAUCAGUGUGGACUACACGCCGUACGUGACAGCUUAUCAAUAAAUACGGCCCGUCAGUUAAUUCGACAACUUGCACGUCCAAUAGGUGAAAUAGCACGGCUUAUUCAAGAAAAUAUAGUUCAAGCUGAACAAGGCAAACAAAAUAUAUUGAAUCGUUCUACAAAUGCUGUUCCAGCGACCAUAAUACAGAAAGCAGGGAAAAGUAUUCCGCUUGAGUAUCCAAGAACAGUUUGUACAACUAAAGACAAAUGCACAGAGAUGAUUACUGUUGGCACUGGCACGAAAGUCAACUAUAAAACCCACUGUCAUUCACGUUGUUAUUUAUCUGGUGUUUCGGCAGAAUCUCUGGGACAUCCAAUCUUACAAAAAUGUUCUGCUAUCGACAAAAAAACAGGCCAAUGCAAAAAUUGUGGAUGUCGUUGGAGUGCACAUAUGCACAUUACAUAUGUAUAUGAGACAUACAACACCUAUGUCAAAAUCAACGACUGUACUCUACGUACAGCCAUGGCAGAUAUUGAUAAUCUCGUUGAAGGUUUGCAGCGAGAACAAGCAGCUAUCGUUGACAUCUGCAACCAACUGAUACGGUUCGUGCGAAAACAUUCAAUGAUUCCCUAUAAUGACGAUGUUACUCAGUACAUACGUUAUUAUAUUCAUGAGGAGGAAAGUAAAUAUCAGAAUGGUGCUAAUAACAAAGGUGUUCUUGAGGGAUUAAAGAAAAUGGUCGAAGAUCAUGAACAAGCUACGAAAUUAUUCAAAGAAACUUCAACGAAUAGAAAAUUCAGUAUAGCAGACGACAUCUCAGAUUGUGAAAAUGUUUUUACUUUGGUCAGCAAGCUAUACGACUUACCUAUAAAUGGCGCAAGCAUUCGAGAACAAGUUGAGCGAGUGCAGCAACAUCAAGUGGAUGUUACUCAUCAACGAGAACAUAUAAUUAAACCUUCACUUUACACAAAUACACCCAUAGUGCAAGUUCUUAACGAACUGAACCGUUAA